GAUAAACCCAUAUUCAUAUUCAGGUCAUCUGGCAAAAAUCUUGAUACAAGCUUCAGUGACCGCUUCAAAGCAGCUGGGGCAUGCUGGAUUCUCCGUUAUAAAAUAAGCAUAGCAGAUAAUAGAUGGUGAAUGAUGCUUCUAUUCUUCAUGGGGGACGCCACUAAGUUCCACCUGGCUGUUAGAAAAUUUGAGUGUGUUUUUGAGAACUAAGUUGAAACUAUUUUUGCAGCUUUGAGCAAGUCUGAACUUACAUGUUCUGACGUCCUACAUCAAAUGCUCUGGUUUGUUUCAUAUCACCUUUUUUGUCAAAAGGACAAUAAUUAGUAAUUCAAAAGUAGUAUUGAAUUAUUUUCAAUAAUACUUGUAUUGCUUUGUCCAGAGGGAUGAUAUAGAUGCAUACAGGUACGGGACCUCAAUUCACCCAUUUAAAUAUGAGCUCAGGGUAGGUGCAGGGCCACUCCCCUCACAAGAAUUAACCAACUAAUUUAUUGAACCAAAAUUGUUGGGUUCAACCCCAAUUAGGCCGGAAAAUUAUGUCAAUUAGGCCCUGAGCUCGAAGUUGAAUGGCCAAAUUAACUUUUGUGUUCAAUUAUAUUGCUCAAAAACGAAUAAAUGGGGUGAGUGGCUUCAUCUUGAUAAGUUCUACAAUUAGUUGCGUAACUCUUUUGUUACCUAUCCUUAUCUGAAUUACUCUUGUUAUAUUCCUUUUAAAGUUAGUUUCAAGUUCAAGAUCCUUUCAGGAGAAGGUUGGAGUGAGAUGUUGCAGGGUGCACUACACAACUUAUUCUUGCAUAUGGGGUUAAUAUAGAUUCUGAAAUCCAAGGCCAGUUACCUCCUCCAUUUUAAUUAAUAUAUUCAAGGGAAGAGGGAGACACUCACACGGUUUUAAGAAUAUUUGAAAUUUGGCAAGUUGACAGAUAUUGUGCCAUGUGAGAUUCUUGGUUGAUAUAUUGUUCUAGAAAUUUGGAGUUGUGAUUGGGACAUGGAUGACAUGAUAGGUUCCUCUGGAUAUAGGGAUUAGGAAUUGAUCUUGCUGGACUUAAUCAGGUAGUAGAUAUAUAUGGUUGAGAUGCCUAAAUCUGCUUUAUAUAUUCUUUCAGGUUGGUUGACAUGCUAUGGCUUGUGUCUUCUUUCUAUGCAUGUGGGUUUGAGAAAUCUUUCUUGAGAAUUAAAGGAUCUGGAUGUUGCCACUCCCGUCAAGUGCCACAGGUACAGAGGCCCUACCAAGCCUCUCUCUUUUUCAUCUGUCUCUUAUCUUAUAAGAAGAUCAGUAGCAUAAGCGAGGGCUUUUGCAGCCUAUAAAGGAGCCUUCGGCUCUUGGUAGGGUGAGUUGGGAAAGAAACAUGGAUCUUCAAGGCAUUGGUUGUUCAGCUCCCCUCAAGGGCUUCCACUUUGCCAUCUCUCUGGUAAAAGGUUGGCGUUGCACUACCGUAUGACCGCUGUACCAAUCGAGGCAGGCUGGGAGCCUUUUGGGGGGUAAUGAACAGUCUAGGUCUUGCUAAAUUCUAGCAGAGCUCCUCUUUUCGUGACCUGAGAAAUGGCAGCAAUUGUUCACUCUCUCUGAAGGCUUCAAACAGUCUCCAGCUGGCCUCAAGUUUGAGGCCUUUGGUUAGAGUGGACAAAAGUUGUCAUGAGUUUCCCUAUCAUCUCUUUACUGGUAUGUUCCUGUUAACAUCUCACUCUCUGACUCUCACAAAAAUAUUCCUGCAGCUGAAAGUUCUGUCAUUUAGCAUCAAGUAGACUUGGAAAUAAGCAUAUUAUGAAUGUCUGUCAAUGACUAACAAGGAUUUUGAUCUAAUUCCAUCCAUAAUAGUUUGUUCAAUGGAAAAAGAAAAUUCUGUAAUUAAUAAACAAGAAGAUGAUGAAACAGGACGCAAUUGGCAACACAUCAUUUCUGAGAAAAGCUUGUGAAUUUUUGUUUCAAUCCAGGAAGUAUCAUCUCAUCCCCAUCAUCAAGAAUGGACAUGCUUCAGUUUUACAUGGUGUACAAAUUAAAGUUAUAAGUUCAAAUAUUUAUAACAAGUAUAUGCACAUCCGUUAUCAGUUAUUUACACAGGUUCUUGAGAAUGCACGCUGCUGUUGUGAUAAAUAAAAUAGAUCAUGCUUCUUAUAAGCCAUAAUCUAUGUGAUAGCUUCAAACAAAGUCUUCUAAAGUGAGACAAAAAAUAACACAAUCUGCCCAAAAUGACAAACUGACAACAGAAGGCCUAAAAAGAAUUAUGCUUUGUGUAAUAUAUAAUAGAAACAACGGUAUCACAGACCAUAUUAUCUAUAUCUGAAUAUUUUGAAGCAUAAAUAUCCUUCCAGUUCAUAAAUUGAUACAAAUAACAUUAUCUGAGGCCUCACGCCAGUAUUGAGUUUCAAGCCUCCCUCAGCCAAACCACUAUCUUAUACCAUCUAAAGCGUUGCGUUUUGGGUCCAGAGGGUCCCAAAAACCAACUUGAAGGAAGAUAAGAUGACCUUAUCAAGAAUCCAAGCACCCUUUUAUUGCAGCACUAAUAAAAGUCCGAAGCUGCCUUUAACCGCCAUUUCUUCACUUAUUUUGCAACGUUCACUUCCAUCACUUGACUGGUAAAAUCACCAUGGACAAGCUAGCUCCAUUUUAUAGCCCCUAUAAUCCACCCCUAAAUCAAAACCCACUUACCCACAACUCCAAAUCAAGAAUUUCAUCACCUCCUUCUCUUUCUCUUGCUCCUACACCCACCUCCCCUGAUACUACUACUACUACUACCCCCCUCUCUGCCUCACCGUCACCACAGCAGAUGAACGUACCAAAAUUUCAAUCUUUAGAUAGCUCGAGUGAUGUUAAAACACUUGAUUCCAUUAACGCAAUGCAUGCCCAGUUGAUAAAAACUUGCAGCAUGUGGAAUUCUGAUUCCAAUGCUAGAACUUUGAUCACCUCUUAUUUGGAACUUGGUGAUUUUAGGUCUUCUGCGAUGGUUUUCUUUGUGGGUUUUGCAAGGAAUUAUGUUAUGUGGAGUUCUUUCAUGGAGGAAUUUGAGAACUGUGGAGGUGAUCCAAUUCAGGUACUUAAUGUUUUUAAGGAAUUGCAUUCUAAGGGAGUGACUUUUGAUAGUGGAAUGGUUACUGUAGUUUUGAAAAUUUGCAUUAGGGUAAUGGAUUUAUGGCUGGGUUUGGAAGUUCAUGCUAGUUUGAUAAAAAGAGGCUUUGAAUUGGAUACUUACGUAAGGAGUGCAUUAUUGAGUUAUUAUGAGAGGUGUUGGAGCUUGGAAAUUGCUAAUCAAGUAUUUCAUGAUAUGCCAGAUAGAGAUGGUCUCUUCUGGAAUGAGGCUAUUAUGAUCAAUCUGAAAAAUGAGAGAUUUGGUAAUGCAAUAGAGCUGUUUAGAGGAAUGCAGUUCUCCUUUGCAAAAGCAGAUGCAAGUACAGUUUUGAAGAUGCUACAAGCUUGUGGAAAGGAGGAAGCUCUUAAUGAAGGAAAGCAGAUACAUGGGUAUGUCAUUAAACAUGCACUGGAAUCAAAUUUGUGGAUAAGUAAUUCCUUGAUUAGCAUGUACUCUAGAAAUGGUAAAAUUAUACUAUCUAGAAGAGUUUUUGAUUCAAUGAAAGAUCAUAACUUGUCUUCAUGGAAUUCAAUUAUCUCAAGCUAUACUGCAUUAGGUUACUUGAAUGGUGCUUGGAAGCUUUUUCAUGAGAUGGAAUCAUCUAGUGUAAAACCUGACAUAAUAACCUGGAAUUGCCUAUUAUCAGGUCAUGCUCUUCAUGGCUCAUAUAAAGAAGUUCUCAUGAUUUUACAAAAAAUGCAAGUUACAGGUUUUAGACCAAAUUCAAGCUCCAUUACUAGUGUUCUUCAAACUGUCACCGAACUGAGGCUCUUAAAAAUCGGAAAAGGAAUUCAUGGCUAUGUGAUAAGAAAUCGGCUUAAUCCCGAUUUAUAUGUGGAAGCUUCAUUGCUGGACAUGUACGUGAAGAAUAAUUGCUUAGCCACUUCUCAGGCAGUUUUUGAUAAUAUGAAGAACAGGAAUAUUGUUGCUUGGAAUUCGUUAAUAACCGGUUAUGCAUACAAGGGUCUUUUUGAUGAUGCUAAAAGACUGUUGAAUAAAAUGAAAGAGGAAGGAAUUAGAGCAGAUAUAGUUACAUGGAAUGGCCUAGUUUCUGGGUACUCAAUAUGGGGCCAUAAUGAGGAAGCUUUGGCUGUGAUUAAUGAAAUCAAGAGUUCAGGAUUAACUCCAAAUGUGGUUUCAUGGACUGCUCUCAUAUCAGGCUGUUCGCAGAAUGGUAAUUAUAAGGAAUCCUUAGAGUUUUUCAUCCAAAUGCAACAAGAAGGUAUUAAGCCAAACUCUACCACUGUAUCCAGCUUACUCAAGACUUGUGGAGGCCUAUCUCUGUUAAAAAAGGGUAAAGAAAUUCACUGCCUCAGUGUAAAAAGUGGCUUCACAGGAGAUAUUUAUAUAGCCACAGCACUCGUUGACAUGUACAGCAAGUCAGGCAACUUAAAGAGUGCUCGUGAAGUUUUCAAGAGGACUAAGAACAAAACAUUAGCCUGUUGGAAUUGCAUGAUUAUGGGAUUUGCCAUUUAUGGGCUGGGGAAAGAGGCAAUUUCACUCUAUGAUGAAAUGCUAGGAGCAGGUAUCCUGCCAGAUUCCAUAACCUUUACCGCUCUACUCUCAGCAUGCAAGAACUCAGGUUUAGUUGAUAAAGGAUGGAAUUAUUUUGAUAGUAUGAGCAAAGAUUAUGGUUUAGAGCCAACGAUUGAGCAUUACUCUUGCAUGGUGGAUCUGCUUGGAAGAGCUGGCUAUCUCGAUGAAGCUUGGGACUUCAUUCAGACAAUGCCAUUAAAGCCAGAUGCCAGUAUUUGGGGUGCUUUCCUUGGAUCCUGCAGAAUCCAUACAAACUUGGAGUUUGCAGAGACAGCGGCUAAGGAACUCUUCAAGUUGGAACCAUAUAAUUCUGCUAAUUAUCAUCUGAUGAUGAACUUAUAUGCAAUGUCAAACAGAUGGGAAGACGUGGAGGGUGUCAGAGGUCUCAUGGACGAGAAAGGGGUGAAAAGCAGGAAAGUCUGGAGCUGGAUACAAAUUGAUAAAACAGUUCAUAUUUUCUCUGCAGGGGGAAAAUCCCAUCAAGACGAAGGCGAAAUAUACUUUGAGUUGUAUCAGCUGGUUUCAGAACUGAAAGAAGUUGGAUACGUGCCUGACAUCAAUUGUGUAUAUCUGGACAUUGAUGAGGAAGAAAAGAAGAAGGCGCUCCUCAGUCACACUGAAAAACUCGCUAUUACUUAUGGACUGAUCAAGGCAAAAGGUAAUGCGCCUCUAAGAGUGAUAAAGAACACAAGAAUAUGUUCUGAUUGCCACAAAGCAGUGAAACUCAUCUCGCUGGUGCGAAAUGUUGAGAUUUUCCUCAGAGAUGGAACUCGGUUUCACCAUUUCAAGGCAGGCAAAUGUUCUUGCAAUGACUUCUGGUAGAAGUCUGGGGAUGUACCCAUGACAUGUUUAAACAUUUCUGACUUUAUAUGAAGUACACAGAUCAAACAUUUUAAAGUGGGGAAGUAGAGGAGUAAGCCAUUGCAAAAUCAAUUCAAAUUUUGUACCAUACAGAGUUAUUCUUCUUUAUUGUUUUAUAUUUAGUAGAAGUAUCAGACUUGUCUAAAUUAAAUUAAUCUUUAUCAAAUUAAACUGAGAUUUUAUUUUUAA